CAAUAUAGAGAAACAAAAUAUUACCUACAACAUAAACAACCUUUAUAUUGACUUUACAUUUACACAGGUGUAUUAAAUUUGUCGUUAAAUGAUCAAUCAGCAUUUGGUCUUUAAAUGUUUCCGUACAAUUUGUAUUGCACAAUCUACUGACACACAGGUAAACUUUGUAACCGAGUAACUCGUUUGUUUGUUUUCUUUCAAUAGUGAAAAUAAACGGCAUUCACUCUCAUAAUUUGGAUGAUGGCAUCGUGUAAAACGUAUAAAAAAGAUUCAGAACAACCCAAUGAUAUACAAGAAACUACAAAAGAAUGUAGAGAUACAGAGAAAUCCAACAUCCAAACACAAAUACCAGUACCAGUACCAGAGGCUACUAUUACUACUAACGAAUCCUACACACAAGCUCAAAUACCUAUAAAUAACUUUCCUUCUUCAUUUACCUUACGCCGUCAAAUAAACUUUGAAUGUGGGGAGGACGAAUACCAAGAAAUUAUAGAUUGCACCUUUGCAGGCAAUAAAGUAGUGUUCCCUGAUUAUAACAAUCAAAGGUUGAUAAUCAGUACGGUAGAAAGUAAUGAUAUCCGUUAUCUACCCAUGGAUUACAACCCACGAUAUAUUACAGGAGUAAACAAUGAAACCGUGGCGGUAGGUUGUUCAAGAUAUUGCAUCGUUCAGGUUAUAGAUAUAUCAAAUGACACUGUUACUAGUUCAUGUCGUACCGAAAGUGAAUGCUACGGGAUUUCUUGCAGCAAUGACUUACUGUAUGUUUGUUGUUCUGGUAUAGUAGUACUGGAUCUAGAUGGUCACGUGAUACGAACGAUUCCAAAUCCUGGUGUUGACCUCGGAUACUUAACAGUAGAUAAAGACAGGCUCUACUUUUGCGACAGAUUUUCGUUAUUCUGUUGUGAUUUGAGCGGUAACGUCAUGUGGGAAUUUGAUAAGGAAGACUAUAAAGAUAUGUAUGGCCUGGCAACAGAUUCCAAGGGAAAUGUUUAUGUGGCCAAUUCUGAUGGCGAUGGUAUAUUGAUUGUUUCUCCAGACGGCAGACAAUAUAAGGAUAUUCUGACUAGCUUUGAUUCAUUUGAUUCACCAAUAUCACUUGAUUUUGACAGAAAAGAAAACCGAAUAGUUGUUCGGAACCAUGCUAAUGAGAAAGCCUUCAUAUUUGAUGUUGAAUUUAAAAGUUGAUUUGAUUAUAAAAAAAAAAACAUAUUUGUUUUAAACAAUUUAUUUAUGCAUCUUUUCAAUACGUAAGGAGUGUAUUUUUAAU